AUGGGUGAGAAAAGCAAGAUUUUGAUCAUCGGAGGAACAGGUUACAUAGGAAAACACAUAGUAGAAGCAAGUGCUAAAGCUGGACAUCCUACUUUUGCACUGAUCAGAGAAUCCACUCUUUCAGAUCCAGCGAAAGCUGAUCUUCUCAAUAAUUUCAAAUCAUUAGGCGUCAAUUUGGUCCCUGGGGAUUUGUAUGAUCAUGAGAAGUUGGUGAAAGCAGUUAAGGAGGUGGAUGUGGUGAUUUCCACGGUAGGUCACGUUCAGCUUGCGGAUCAGGUCAAGAUCAUCGCUGCUAUUAAGGAGGCCGGUAACAUUAAGAGAUUUUUCCCUUCAGAAUUUGGAAACGAUGUCGACCGUGUCCAUGCAGUAGAGCCAGCAAAGUCUGCAUUUGAAACCAAAGUCCAAAUUCGACGUGCUAUUGAAGCGGAAGGAAUACCCUAUACAUAUGUCUCUAGCAACUACUUUGCUGGAUAUUUUCUCCCCACAUUAGCUCAGGCAGGACAAUUUGCUCCACCUCCACCAAAAGACAAAGUUUUCAUCUAUGGUGAUGGAAAUCCCAAAGCGGUGUUUAACAAGGAAGAUGACAUUGGAACGUUCACCAUUAGAGCUGUGGAUGAUCCAAGGACAUUGAACAAGAUUCUAUACAUUAAACCCCCUAAGAACAUUUACUCAUUCAACGAGCUUGUCGCAUUGUGGGAGAAGAAGAUUGGGAAGACUCUUGAGAAAACUUAUAUUCCAGAAGAUAAACUUCUCAAGGAUAUUGAAGAGGCACCUCUUCCAAUCAAUGUGAUAUUAUCAAUUAACCACUCUGUUUUUGUGAAGGGUGAUCACACUAACUUUGUGAUUGAGCCAUCUUUUGGGGUUGAGGCUUUUGAGUUGUACCCAGAUGUUAAGUACACUACUGUUGAUGAAUACCUUGAUCAGUUUGUUUGA